UUCAAUCUCUCUCACUCUGCAUGAGACGCCAACUCCAAAGAAUCUCUCUUCUUCAUCGGAAAAAGUCGCCGGCCCCCGCAACGAAAAGGUGAAAAUGGUAUCCGAAUCGGACCUCGUGAGCCGGCUCCGGGAAAUCCUGCGCAAUUCGGACCUCGACCAGGCCACGGCCGGUUCCGUUCGGCGGCAACUGGAGGCGGAUUUCGGCCUCGAUUUGUCCGACCGCAAAACGCUCAUCAGAGAACAAAUCGACGUUUAUCUCCAAUCCAUUGGAACUUCGGAGGAAGAUGCCAAUGAAGACGGCCAAUGCGGCGGUCCCGACCCUGCGCAAGAAGAGGAAGAGGACGAGGACGAGGGGGAGGGAAAGAAAAGUAAAAAGAGGCGUGUGGCAAGUAAGGAAAAAGUAAUCAAGAGGAGAGGAGGAUUCAAUAAGCUGUGCAGCCUCUCUCCACAGCUUCAAAGUUUUGUAGGAGAGUCUACAUUGGCAAGAACAGAGGUUGUGAAGAGAGUCUGGAGCCAUAUCCGACAGAGAAAUUUGCAAGAUCCUAGCAAUAGGCGUAAAAUAUUGUGCGAUGAAUCACUGCACAAGCUUUUCCACGUCAACUCCAUAGACAUGUUUCAGAUGAAUAAAGCCCUUGCCAAGCACAUAUGGCCAUUGGACGCCGACGAUGAAAAUUCAAUAAAGAAGACCAAGAUUGAGGAGUUCGUCAACUCUCAGUCAGAUGGAGAAGUCAGCAAUGCUAUGGAAGAAGCUGAAGAAGAUGAACAAAAUGAAAAUGAGGAAGAGGAAGAGAUGAAUGGACGGAGAAGCAAGAAAGGACGGUCUUCUAAAGAGGACAAAGGAGUUAAGAAAAGAGGCGGUGGGUUUAAUAAAUUGUGCAGCCUCUCUCCCCAACUUCAAUUGAUCACUGGGGCGCCUGAGCUGGGUAGAACAGAGGUUGUGAAGAGGCUUUGGGCAUACAUCCGGGCAAAUAAUUUGCAAGAUCCAAAGAAUAAGCGAAAUAUCAUUUGUGAUGAAUCUCUACGGUCCCUCUUUUGUGUGGAUUCCAUCGACAUGUUUAAAAUGAAUAAAGCCCUUUCCAAGCAUAUUUGGCCAUUAAAUGAUGGAGAAGCUCCUGAGAAGGAUUCUCUGAAGGAGGAGACGUGUGAUUCAACAAGAGAUGAAGCUCCUGAGAAGGAUUCUCUAAAGAAGGAGACGUGUGAUUCAACAAGAGAUGAAGAUGAAGAAGAGCAGAAAGAUGAAAAGCAGAAGAAAAGAGGUUCUGGUUUUACUGCCCCCCUACCCCUCUCAGAUGCUUUAGUGAAGUUCUUUGGCACAGGUGAAACUGCAUUAUCUCGAGCUGACGUCGUAAAGCGAAUGUGGAAUUAUAUAAAACAAAAUGAUUUGCAGGAUCCAUCGGAUAAGAGGAAAGUUAUAUGCGAUGGGAAACUGAGAGAACUUUUUGAGGUCGAUUCUUUCACUGGGUUCUCAGUCUCAAAACUUCUCACGUCGCAUUUUGUCAAAGGCAGGUGACUAAGGCUACUUGAAGUGUACAUAUUUGAAUCCCGCAAGAAGUGGGCAAUUUUGUUUAGCAACAAAUUUAUCGUCUUCUUCCGGUAGCUUGUAUUUUCCUCACUGAAAAUAUAUAUGGUCGUUGGCAUUUUGUUGUCCUA